CUUGAGUAACAUUCGGCAUCGCCGACUGCCAAGAAAAGACGCUUUGCUCUUAUGAUCGGUGAUGCUGGAGCACCGAUUACUAUUUCCACGAAGAGUCUUAAAGUCAAGUUAGCCAUCUCUUGUUCAAGAAGAAUUUAUGAGUUUCUGGGAGUUGAGAUUCUGGGCUAAUAAUGGGUGGCAAAGAAUUUGUCACGCUCUUCAUUGCAGUUUGCGCUAGCUUCCUAGCAUUAUACGAAACAAAAUCUAUUGGAAACAAGAGAAAGGCAAUGCAGCCAACAAAAAGAGGGGACGAGGAACUGAAACAUCACAAUUAUGAAGAAAUGACUAACUAUAUGAAAGACUGGGCCCAAAAAUGUUCAAAGAUUAGUCAUUUAAGUAGUAUUGGAAAAUCUGUAGAAGGCAGAGAGCUCUGGGUUUACGAGUUAAGUGAUAACCCAGGGAAACAUGAAGCAGGAGAACCCGAAGUUAAAUACAUAGCAAACAUGCACGGGAAUGAAGUGGUCGGGCGAGAGAUGUUGUUAAAGAUUAUUUCUGAUUUUUGUAAUGAAUACGAUCAUAAUCAGAGAAUACAGUUUCUUGUUGACAACACGCGGAUACUUCUCAUGCCCAGUAUGAAUCCGGACGGAUACGAGUUGGCAGAAGAAGGAAAAGGAGACUGGCUGGUCGGUCGGACAAAUGCGAACAGCGUUGACCUGAACCGCAAUUUCCCGGAUCAGUUUAUGAACACCCAGAAUGCUGCGACACAGCCAGAGACGCGAGCGAUUGAAGACUGGAUAAAGAAGAGCAAUAUAGUCCUAGCAGCUAAUCUACAUGGAGGAUCUUUGGUAGCCAACUAUCCAUUCGAUGACAGUGCGACAGGAGACAGUUCUUAUUCCCGAAGCCCUGAUGACGAUGUUUUCCGAUUUUUAGCGACAACAUAUGCUCAGACACAUCCGACAAUGCAUUUGGAUGACGCCCCUUGGGAAUGCACGGAUAUACCGGCGGAUCAUUUCAAAGGGGGCAUAACCAACGGUGCGAAUUGGUACAAUGUGGCAGGGGGCAUGCAAGAUUAUGACUACUUAAAUUCGAAUUGCAUGGAAAUCACAUUGGAGCUAGGGUGCAAGAAAUUUCCCGAUGCCAAAGAACUUCCUCGUUACUGGAACGAGAACAAGGAGCCUCUGAUAAAGUUCAUAGAACAGAAAUUAGUAGGCAUUGAAACUCACCAGCCGGUUCAUACAUUCUACAGUGCGAUCCUGAGGUCGCAGUUCGGGCCUAAUAUGUCUAAACUACUAAUACUUUUUAUACUGGCGGUUUCGCUCUGUAGGAUCCACGCAACACCACUGCGGGAGAAACGGAACGAUGCAGCAAACGCUGUACUGAAGCAUCACAAUUAUGAACAGCUGACGAGCUUUCUACAUGAUUGGCACAAAAGGUUUCCUCGCAUUACGCGACUUUACAGUGUAGGCCAAUCAAUCGAAAGGCGAGAACUUUGGGUUUUAGAAGUAACUGACAAUCCUGGCAAACAUGAACCCGGAGAGCCGGAGUUUAAAUAUGUAGCAAAUAUGCACGGAAACGAGGUUGUAGGCCGCGAAUUGUUGUUAGAACUAAUCAAAGAGUUCUGUUUAGGAUAUGGAAAGAACAAGCGGUAUACGUCUUUAGUUGAUAAUACCCGCAUGCAUUUCAUGCCGAGUAUGAACCCGGAUGGAUAUGAAAAUGCCACCAAAAACAGGGGUGACUGGUUGCAGGGUAGGAGUAAUGCCCAUCACGUCGACUUGAAUCGUAAUUUUCCGGACCAGUUUCUACCGGAUGAGAUCGGACCAAUGCAACCUGAGACAAAAGCAGUUGCAAGCUGGAUCCGGAAAAAUAAUUUCGUUCUCUCGGCAAAUUUGCAUGGAGGUUCCCUUGUAGCAAACUACCCCUACGACGAUAACCCUCAAAGUAAAACCGUUUACACAAAAAGUCCUGAUGAUGACGUCUUCAAGUUCCUGGCUCUAACAUACUCUGAUGCACACUCUACAAUGCAUUUGGAUAGGCCACCAUGGGAUUGCGAUGGAGUACCCCCGGAUCAUUUCAAUCAUGGAAUUACAAAUGGAGCUAAAUGGUACAAUGUAGCAGGGGGUAUGCAAGACUACAACUAUGUCCAUUCGAACUGUUUCGAAAUAACACUAGAGUUAGGGUGUGAUAAAUUUCCCGCAGAGGAAAAACUACCAAGGUACUGGAAUGAGAACAAAGAAGCAUUGGUGAAGUUCAUAGAACAGGUGCACCGUGGUGUGAAGGGCUUUGUGUUCGAUCAAAGUGGAGCUCCUCUUUCCAAAUCGAAGAUAACUGUGAGCGACCGAUCGCACGCAGUUCGAACUGGAGGUGAUGGCGAUUAUUGGAGGCUUCUUCUCCCAGGAGAAUACGAAGUACGUGCCUACAUGAAAGGAUACGAGCCAAUGACACACAAGGUCAAGGUCGUCGAAGGACCUCCAACCGUAUUGAAUUUUACACUCAAGAGAAGUGAGGUAGAGGAAGCCAGCGGACGGGGGAUGGAGCAGCAAGGAACACUGCUAAAUCAGAAGCCAGCCUCGAAUCCAACUGAAACCAACAACAACGAGCUGUUGCAACCAAAACUGCAAAAUCUUCUUCAAUCAAGCAGCGAGCCAUCUAUCCCAUUACUUUCGCAGUUUAACAGCGACGAAACAAGCAAUGCAAUGAUCGCACCUAACGAAGAUGAAUGGGGGGCUCCCGGCCAAAUGUCAAACACUUUUAACAGUAUAACCGAGCCGUUGGAUUACGGAGUGUCGGACACUGAUGCAAAACAACUUGAACAUCACCUCAAUCCAGAGAAGAAUAUCCUGGACAAUUUUGCCAUGGAUUCACCAUUUGAGCAACUGCUAUCAAACCACAAGUCAGCAUUUUAUGAUGACACGGAGAAGAUGUUUGAUGAGGACAAUGUAGAAAGAAACAAUUUCUUUGAAAAGAAGUUUGAUUAUGACAGUGACGAGGCUCACUAGAUCACUUUGGAGACGAAAAAGGCCAUCCUCAAAUAGACUGAAAAGUUUCAGAAUAGUUUUGUAAUUCGAAAUAUAAAAAAUGCAUGUAUUUAUUUAUCAUAAUGAAUAUUACCAUAACUAGGUGGAAUUUGGGGACUGGAUUUAAUGACUAAUUAAAGAUAGAAAGUAAAAGUAAAUAUCAAACCAUGUAACAAACAAAAAAUGAAAAGACUGGCAGGUCUGGUCGACACUUGUCUUUAUGUAGAUAAUGCAAUCUUUUAACAAUAAGCUUCAUCAGAGAGCAAUUGUUAAAACUGUGAAUGAUCGUGGCAGUAUCUUUGUACCAGAUGUCAAAAUAUAUAUAUAGAGAGAAUGUAUUUAUUUUAAGAAUAAAAGAAUGCAAAAGAAAAUAAAAAAAGAUGUUUAGCAAAUGAGUUCUUUGAAAUCUAUAUACUGGCUAGCUUUGCUUAGGGACAACUUCUUUGAUUAACCAUAUUUCCAGCGGUCAAACUGACCAAGGCAACACAGCUAUAUCAUAUUCUUAAUGACACCUUUCUUCUAGCAUUAAGACAAAACAACAACAACCAAUAAAGAUGUUUUCCGAAUUAACACAGUGGAUUCCAACUUAAUCGAAAAAGAACUUGUUUGAAAUUUCUGGUAAGGUUUUCCCUUUCCUUCAGCUACCACCUUUAAAGAGAUUAUAGAUGCUAAACGUUUAGGGGGGGGGGGGGCUUUAUAUGAACCCUGCCACAAUACUGAGCCUGAAAUGCAAAACAUUUUGCAUGAUUAAGGGGAUGUAGCCCCGAGUCGUUGUAUUUCCUACAAUAAUGAAAGAGAUGCGAUACCGUCAGUUAUUCGCACCUCUUUCUAUUCGAACCGCUUUCCUGUCCUCCUUGUAUUUUCACAGAGGUUGGAAUGAGAUUCAUUUCUAUGAUUCUGUGGUUCCCAUUUGCAGUUUGAAAGUAAUGACAACCAGGGGACAAUUAAAAUCAAAAGCUUCAAGAGAAUCAACGGACAAAUAUCUCAGUGUUCUAAAAAUAAUUUCAAAUUCAAUUUGAAUUGUAUCCAAGGUCAGAAGAGAAAUCGAUCGUGAUUGGUUGCCAAUUAAUAGCUGUUUAGGUCAGCCAGUUUUAUUUCCGUUCAAUUUUCUAAACAUUUCGAACAAUUAAGAGAAUAAGAAGUCAUCGAUAUAGAAUAUAAUGUGUGAAGUAAAGAAAACCACUCACACUUCAAAAAGCCGGCUGUGCACCAGUUUCGCCCAAUAUCAGGGCUCAUCAAUACAGCUAGACUGUCUCUAUGAGCUAGGCUGCACGAGGACCUAAAGCUGACCUAGAGCCAACAAUUAGGCCGUCAGUGGCAAUGCAUCUAGGAGGUAGUGUAGAAGGGAAUUGAAGUACACAUGUGUCUUAAAACUCGACAGUCUCUUUAAGCAAUAUCACCGAGAACCGCACCGCAAAGCAGUGCUGAGGUUUUGGGGGACUGUAAGCCCUGUACGCCCAUAAUAUAAUGCGUUGGCCAGAGAAACUUCGGAUGCUUUGUCUUGUCAGGAGCAUUUAGAACUCUAAUUGAGGCACAUCCUGGUUCCGCGUGAAAACUUAGGCAAGCUUAACCGAGAUCAAUUUCCAGUCAAAAAUUGAAUAAUUAUACAGCUAUAAGACCAAGGCAGAUACACUACCUCAAAUCGCAUACGGCAUGCAGAGAUAUAAAACUUACAGAAAUCCAUGCUACAUAAUUCUAAUCCAUUUUACUGCAUAUUAGGAAGAAACUACGCUGUUGAAUCGUCAUUCAAAAUGAAGAUCCACUUACAAAAGCAAGUCACACAAAACAAUUGUCAAAGCAAACGAAAUUUCUUCAAAAAAAUAUGGAACAAAAUACUAUUAAAACAAAAAGAAGAUACAAUAAAAGAAGGCAUAAAAGUCUCGAAUAAUAGCAAGAAUUGGGGCAUUGGAACUAAGUUGUUAUUGAUAAUUUACUCUUUAUUGCCCAUUUAUUCGUUUUUCCAUGAUUUUAUUUAGCAAAGUAUCACGUGUUUGCUCAUCUUCACUGAUAACGAGGCUACUGCGAAAACCCGAAUCAAAUAAUAAUUGCGUAUGGAACAUUGGGUUAAACUUAAACGAAAUAAGGCCUUAAAGAUUACAUAAAUAAUAAAUGAGCAUGACCAAGCAUAAAUAGAAUUUAAGAAAUAGUGUUUACGCAGCUAAAUUGUCGAUAGCAAUAAAUAUUGUUAUGUUUUCACUGAUUAUAUUUGUUAAGCAACUUGGAGUAGAGUUACACUUAGGCGAGAGCAGCAGAUAACAAUCCAACAACCAAAGUAACUCUCAUCAAAGAUUGGAUUGCAGUGGAAUUCAUCAAAUCCAUCAUACGUUGCAUUGCAUCAUUGUUGUAACCGACAGAACAGCCAUGCACACAACAUUUAGAGAAAUCGUUUAACAAAGAAAGGAAAGAGUUUGAGAAUACGCACAGGCUCCACUCUCUGGCUUUAUCUUGCAUUUUGAAUCAAACCUUCUUGGUCAUCGAUUACGAAAUUGAGCUGCGAAUAACAUAAGCGGAAAUUGGUCAAUAGGUCAUGAAGGAAUAUGGUUGAGCAUAAAAAGUAUCAUUUGAUAAGGCUUUACACCCUAUGACAGUUGUGAUGGGUAGGCGCAUAUGAUAUUUUAUUUUAUAUUGUACCAAAUAAAAAACAGCAAAUAAAGACAAAAUUACCACGUUUAUAGAAAUGCCACUGGUCUUAAAGGAACAGCACAAUAAAUGUAUACGGGAUGAUCUACAAUGCCUGCCAAAAGUACUUGGAACACCCGGCAAUUUACGCUGCAUUUGAUAUCUUUCAUUCCUUUCAUGAAAAAAAAUUACUACUUCUGCCCCUUCCCCCUAAAACAAUGUUGAUAAUUUAGAGAAAUAUCAUACGAGAAGCGCAAAAGAAAUUGCUUCCUAAAAUCCUAAUCCGUUUGAUAGUAAACCAACAUUGUUCCGUGGGGGAGAGGGGGAUGAUUGAUUUUGAGCUUGGAAAUUGACGUCAGUGUUCCAAGACUUUUGGCAGGCAUUGUAUCCCUGAAUUUGUAACAAGAAACCCCUUUUGAUUCAAAACUAUUUGAAAGAGGUCUCAACCGCUCAUCUUAGCCAGAACAUAAAAUUCACAUAUUGCUUAAUAAAACGACAUUCCGUUCAUAAAACACUGCUUUUUCUACCAGUGAAAUUCUAUCGUCUUUGACAAUUCUGCCGUAGACGUCACAUUCUCAGAAUACAUGCCAAGAGAAUGAAUGGUUACCAGAUCAUGCAGAAGCCAAGAGCAUUUCUGAACAAACCGGUAGGAUUAGAAUACACGUCUGAAUCUUUCAUUAACAGACACUUUUCUUUAGCAUACAUCUUCUAAACAACGAACAAACAGUUUCGUACCAAAAUUUUUUAGCUAUGACCAAAGCCUAUAGAAUUAACUUACGAACAAUGGUUACCUCUACCGAUGGGCAGUAUCUUGAGUAUAACAGGUAUUCGUUAUAUGGACUUUCUACUGUAAAAAAUUAGUAUACGAUGAUUAAAGCCCUGGUCAAACGAAUUAAACAUCGGCAUAAACCAUCAUCCAACAUUGUCGGAUAACAUUGUUUCAUUCGUUUGGCCACCAUGUUCUACGGUAUCUUACGAUGUUUUGUUAUGCUUUACGAAAUUUGAUUUCCAUCAAACAUUUCGUAAAACAUCUCAUUUGUUCCCAUGUUUUAUCAACAAUGUUGCGUUCGUUUGGCCAGCCUUUAAAACAUUUGUUUUACUCACGCAAGCGCAGUAUGUUGAGAUUCGGUAAAAACGCAGUAACUGUAGGAAACUGUGAGGCAGCGCUUGACCAUCACAGUUGUUUUGAAAUCUCUUUGGUUCCUUUAACCUAGUCAUAAAACAUCGUCCAACAAUGUUGUUACAACAAUGUUGGGUAAUGUUUUACAAAUGUCUGAGUCGUUUGUCCAGACCUUAAGUACCAGAAUACCUAUAAAAACUAUGGAUUCAUGCUUAUAUAUUUUACAUCUCAAUCUGUUUCGAUACCAUCUCAUUAUUAACUUGAAUAACUAUCCUCCACAUAUACAUUAGAAAUUAUAUCUUUGCAGUUUAUCAAAGGAUUAAAAACAAAACAUCACACCCAUUCUUAUUAGUGAUGAAGUUGAAAGCAUUGAAUUGAUUGCUGGUAAUUGAAUCUAGGCCUCGAAAUGCAUCCCAGCAACAAAUCCAGUACUUUACUUGCUGAAAAUCUUAAGAUGCCCGUAGUGAACUGAGACCAUUGUGAAAAAAUUAAAGGCUGUUAUUUCAAACAAACCUUUGUUAAAUUUCCUCGCAACCAAAAGUAUUAGUUCGAUAAAUAACAACACAGGUAUAAUCUUAAUAGAGCGGAGGAGAAUCUUGAAAACACAUCAAGGAGCGAUUAUUUUUUCUUUAAUAGACAAAUUCAUCCUUCAAUAGAUUUUUUGACGUACUUACUUCCGGGGUUUCUAUAGAAGUUAGCAAUUACUUUUGAUUCUUCCUUGAAAAAACAAUAUUUCAGGCUUCAGGAAUAUCACUGUUUACACAAACCAAUUACAGUUCCAACUGCACAAUGUCCAAACCAAACCCUCUCUGCUGUCACCAUUACGCAGAUAUCAUUAAGAUAAAAAUUCUUGAAUGAAAAUAUAAAAUACACUCAAGUUUUUUUAUUGAAUAGCGAUUUACUUUCUCACGUCACUGUUUAUCCAGUAUUCUUAAGUUUAAGAACAAAUGAUAGGUUAUUCAAUUUUGCGGGUGGGAAAAGAAGGUUUUAUUGGUUAUGUGUUACAUCGAUGAAUGCUUAACAAAUUCUAAACUGAUUACUUUUGGGAUUUUUCUGUAAAAAUGGAUAUUCAUGGAAGAUCGUUCAGCUACGGUACAUAUUAAAACGGUUUAUCACUUUUUUGCUCUUGAUGAAAAAAUAAAACGUCAGCAAAUCCUGAUUGGUUAACAAAAGUAAUCUGUAAACAUAGAAAAACCAAAAAGGAAGCAUUGGAGGAGAGUCCAACAAGAUACUAAAGCUAAAAAAUAAAAGCUGGAAAAGCAAAAAUUUAUAACUAAAUAUGCAUUAUGUUUUUUGAUCGUCAGUUUUAAGGGCUUAUUUCUUCCAGAAAGAAGUAGCAAUGAAUAACAAAUACACAAAUAAAAAAAUCAAACAAAAAAUU